UCACGGUUCACUUACCUCUCUGUCUCUCUCCUCUGUCUGUCUCAUAAGGCAAUUACAGUCAAAGGAAAGUAGCUGCAGCAGGAGGACUUUAGAGAUAGGAUAUAAUGGCGCAAGCAGCACAGCGUAAUUCAAGCUUCGCAAAUGCUUUGAGCACAGGACAGGUGUUGCAACAGCACAUUGAAAAUGCAACUGCGAGCACUCGAGGUGUGGGGGGCACCACUUCAAUGAGUGUUCCCUACCAAAUGCCACCAGCUUCACAGGUUAUCUCGAUGAAACCUCCGGUUCCCAGCGGAGAAAAUGCCGCUGAGAAAGUGUUGCCGAGUUGCCCGACUGUGUAUGCCUUCAUCAAUGACUUCAAAUUGCUUGGAAAUCCGCGGUGGGCGCAAGACCGUCACGAGGACACACAACCUCUGGGUGGCAGUCAUCUCCCGCCCCCAUCCGUGCCAUCUCUCGUUCCUUUGCAUGUGAAUCAGAUGAACCUUGAUGUUCAAUGCCAUAUCAGCACCGCAUUUGUCACUGUUGAAGGUGAGUGGGAGCUCGACUUCGUCGUCAAAGGGCUUCGUUGUGACUGUGUUCUUGCGGUUCCCAUGAGUCACCAUGGUACAAUGACGCAAAUUGAAAUUGACAUGGGCGAAGGACGGAUGUACACAACACUCGUUAUCCCCAAGGAUGAAGCCGCUAGCUAUGGUGCUGGAGGGAGUGUAAAUGCAGGUCUUGAGGAGGUGGGGUCUUACAACCCAGAGCUCUUCAGACUCACAGUUGGCCAAGUUUUUGGCGGCUCAAAGCUCUCCGUGCGAGUCUCCUGGUUUCAGCCCCUUUUGUUUGCGAACGGCUUCUACAACGUACACAUCCCUUUUAUCAUCCCAAACGCACAGCUGGCUAGAGCGAGGAACAAACACGUGGUCGGUAAGAUUGGUUGCACUAUAAACGUAGGCUCCGGUGGCCCGGUUGUGACUGGGGCAUUCAACCACAUGAUGAGGGAGCGAAAGAGGGGUGAGGGACGAGUGGAACUUGAGUGGGACUCUCAUUCCAUGCAUGACUGGAGAAAUGUUGACUUCGUCGGGUCGUAUCAGGUCUGGUCACAGGGAAUCUUACCGGCGCUUAUAGUGCAAGACUCGCAACCAGGGGAUCUCGAUGGCAGAGGUACUUUCUGUCUGUCUCUGUCUCCACCAGACCCAAGGAGUGUCACCCUCUUCAUGCGCUCUGUCGUGUUUCUCCUCGACCGCAGCGGGAGCAUGUAUGGGCGUCCCGUCGAGGAUGCACGCCAUUCGUUGAAACUCGCUCUUGACCUUUUGAAACCUGAGGAUAAGUUCUCAGUGAUAGCGUUUGAUCAUGAACAGAUGGCAUUCUCCCCAGCACUAGAAAGUGCACACCCUGCAAAGGUUCAAAUGGCGAAAGACUGGAUAGACUCAACUUGUCAGGCACGUGGGGGCACAGACAUCCUGGCACCUCUAAGGCAAGCCAUUGCAAUGCUCGACUCUGCAGUGGGAGGAGUGCCGUAUGUCUUCCUCAUCACCGAUGGAGCUGUAUCAGAUGAGAGGGAAAUCUGUAAGGAGAUGCACUCUGUGGCAUCGGCCCGUGGGGGUUCAGCUCCCAGGAUCUCCACAUUCGGAAUAGGUCACUACUGCAACUACUUCUUCCUGCGGAUGCUUGCGGUGAUUGGCCGAGGAAUUGCGGAUGCGGCGUUCACCCAGGACAAGGUGAAGGAACAGAUGGAGAGGCUUCUCCUCGCAGCCUCGACACCACUCCUCACAAAUCUCCAACUCUCGAUUCCUGAUCUGCCACAUGGAUGUGAGAUUUACCCCUUUCCCGUUCCUGAUCUCUUUUGUGGAAACCCCCUUGUCAUCUCAGGGAAGUUUCAUGGUACAUUUCCGCCUUUCGUUGAGGUUGUUGGCAGCAACCCUGACGGGUCGCAGUGGUCCUCGAAGGUGACAUCCAACCGCGUGCCGCAGAUACCCCUGAACAGGGUGUUUGUGAAGCAGCAGAUGGAUCUGCUAACUGCAAGGGCUUGGCUUCAUGACGACAGCAAACUACGCGCGCAAGUGGUUGAUAUCAGCGUUAAGGAGGGGGUUCCUUGUGAGCACACAGUCAUGGUGGGUUUCGAGACAACUCCGGAAAAGCACCAGGAGUUGAAGGCGGACUUGAAAGCAGGAAAGCAGGCGAACCCGAAGAAGUAUGCUGUCACAAAGUACGCAGCAAUAGCAGUGGUCGCGGGAUUGGCGAUUGGCUUUGGCUCUGUUAUGUUGACAAUGAACAAUGCACCUGUUCUCGAUGGCUUAUCGGCCUUGGGUGAUGUCGGGACCGGUUUUGGCGGUGAUGGUGUUGGCUGUUGCGACUUUGGUGGCUGUGAUGGCUGUGUUGAUUGUGGGGAAUGUGGGGUCAGUGGGGGUUGUGAUGGUUGUGGCGAUUGUGGCGAUAUUUUGGAUCCCAUCGGCCAGUGUUGUACAUCGUUCGGAGAUUGCCUUGAUUUGCUGUCAGCUCUGGGUUGAUCCACUAAGGGUGCCUGUGGCUGUGCCACAGAUGCCUCCAAUCCUUGAACUUGGGUCACAAGUCUUUCCAUUGUCUGGUUCCACAAGCUGCCAUCCCCGGAAUUAUUGGUCCAGGUACGUCACCAUUAUUUCCAAACUUUCUCCUCACAAGGAAAGGUGUGUUAUGUGGUCAUCGGCGACUCCUUCAAAAUGACCGGGGUUAUAAGCUUCAACAGCCAUGCAUGUGGGAUUGUUGAGGAGAACCCGUAUCCUGUGGAAAUGAUAAGAAUAAGUGGGAUUACGCAAAAAGUGAUUUUGGCAGGUCUGGACCUCGUCCUAAGCAAACGCAGUUUGCAUGAGAUCAAAGGACACUGGAGCAAUCAACAAUGCCAGUGUCU